CCCAGGCGAAGCGACGUGGUCCCGGGUGUGCGGGGGUCGGUGGCUUUCGCCAUGGGUCCCCGCGUGCAGUUGCCCCCGGAGAUCCAGCUGGCCCAGCGUCUGGCGGGGAACGAGCAGGUGACGCGGGACCGGGCGGUCAGGAAGCUCCGGAAAUACAUCGUCGCCAGGACUCAGCGGGCGGCAGGUGGUUUCACUCACGAUGAGCUGCUGAAGGUCUGGAAAGGACUGUUUUACUGCAUGUGGAUGCAGGACAAGCCACUCCUCCAGGAGGAACUAGGGAGGACCAUUUCCCAGCUCAUCCAUGCUUUUCAGAGCACAGAGGCACGGCACCUGUUCCUUCAGACGUUCUGGCAAACCAUGAACCGCGAGUGGCCUGGCAUUGACAGACUGCGCCUGGAUAAGUUCUACAUGCUCAUGCGGAUGGUCCUGAGCGAGUCCUUGAAGGCCCUGAAGAUGCAGGGGUGGGAAGAAAGGCAGGUGGAGCAGCUGCUGGAGCUGCUGACAACGGAGAUCCUGCACCCCGACAGCCAGGCCCCCAACGGGGUGAAGAGCCAUUUCCUUGAGAUCUUCCUGGAGGAGCUGAGCAAAGUGGGCGCCGCUGAGCUGACGGCGGACCAGAACCUCAAGUUUAUCGAGCCCUUCUGCAGAAUCGCCGCCCAGACUAAGGACUCCCUGGUCUUGCAUAACAUCACUCGGGGCGUCUUUGAAACGAUCGUGGAACAGGCGCCGUUUGCCAUCGAGGACCUCAUGAACGAGCUGGAGGCGCACGAGGGGGGCGGGCCGUCGGAGGACGAGCGGGAGCGGCACGUGCCGUCCAAGGAGUCGCGCAGAGGCUCUGUGCGCGGGGCCGCACCUGACACAAGUGACGAGCUGGCGGGAGACGGCGAGGACAGCACGGGCCCCGUCCUCCAGUUUGAUUACGAGGCGGUGGCCAGCAGACUGUUCGCAGCGGCCAGUCAGCGGGACACCCCUUCCCAGAACAGGAAGCGCCUCUACAAGGUGAUCCGGAAGCUGCAGGACCUCGCUGAAGGACUUUUCCCUGAGGAGGACGUUCCAGAAAAGGCCUACAGGUACCUGCAGGAAGGGGGGCGGGAGAGGAAGACGAAGAAGCGUCUGCCCAAAUCCGGGUCGCAGAACAAGGCAGGGAAAGGCGGCAAGGAGGACUUACGUCCGGACCUGAGCUCCGGAUCGGAGAGGAUGUUGCGGCGGCGGCGGCGGCGGGGCUCAGGGGCUGAGCGCACUGGACCCCAGGAGCAGACCGGGGGCCCAGCUGUGCAAGGAGCUCGGAAGAGGCGGCAGCGGCGGCCUCGGGCGGGGGCCAGAGUGAAGGUGGCCGAUUGACAGGAGCCACAGAUGACGAAGCAGCAGCCGCUACGGAGCCAGAAGGGACCCCACCAGGUCCAGCACGAGCCGGGAGGCGCUUCCCCUGUGGCCCCUCUGCUUUGUGCUGAGGUGAGGGGGGCCCAGGCCCGUGGGGGGCCCUGCUCCUAGACUGUGUCCCGGAAGGCAGCAGCUCCUGACCUGCUGUGUCCGCGGAGGGUCUGGUCCCUCGCUCGUGCCUGCGUCCCAGAAAGUGCUGACGCUGUGCUGACCUUGGUCAGGAACCCUUGAGACGUGAAACUGCCCUGCGGACAGCGCUCCCUGUCCGGGCACCAGCCUCACCCGGGUGUCUCUGAAUAAAACGCUGUGCAGCUCUUUGC